AUGUCGUACGCGGUUCUAGUCACUAGUGCUGCUUCAAUUGUUGCCACUGGCAUGCUGCUUAUUUCCGUUGGAAAUAUUGUUUCGGAUCUCAACAACCUCCAAUUGGAGAUUCACGAUGGAAUGGAAAACUUGAAGAUGAAGUCCGAUGAGACCUGGUCUCGUAUUAUGUCUCUUCACGUGCACCCAACUGGAGAUACUGCUGCCCCACCAAACUUCAAGACCCUCUUCGGACGUCACAAGCGUGACAACAGUCAAUGCCACUGUGGACUUCAAUCUCAAGGAUGCCCAGACGGCCCACCAGGAGCUCGUGGACCACAAGGAGCACCAGGACUGAAUGGAACCCCAGGAGUCGACGGAAAGCCAGGAAUCGCCGGAAAAUCUCUCACCUUCGUUCAUGCCGCCGAGGCCGACUGCAUUCCAUGUCCAGGAGGACCAGCUGGACCACCUGGACCAGAUGGAGAGCCAGGAGUCAAGGGACCAAACGGAGCAUCAGGACCAAACGGACACCCAGGACAGCCAGGAAGCCCAGGACCAGCCGGACCAGCCGGACCAUCCGGAAAGCCAGGACCAGCAGGACCAGCAGGCCAACGCGGAGAAGCCGGACCACGCGGAACUCGUUACUCCAAGGGAGUCGACGGAAAGCCAGGAGAGGUUGGACCAUGCGGACCAGAAGGACCAAAGGGUGCACCAGGAGCUCCAGGAAACGACGGAACUCCAGGAGAUCGUGGAUUCGCUGGACAGCCAGGAGUUCCAGGAGAAGACGGAGAGGACGGAUCCGCCGGACAGCCAGGAGCCGAUGGAGCGCCAGGAGACGAUGCUGGUUACUGUGCCUGCCCAGGAAGAACCAUGUUCGCCUAA